GAGAGAGAGAGGAGGGCGAGCGACACUGACAUUCAGUGUGAGAGUGAGAGAGAGAGGAGGGCGAGCGACACUGACAUUCAGUGAGAGAGAGAGGAGGACGAGUGACACUGACAUUCAGUGUGAGAGUGAGAGAGAGAGAGGAGGGCGAGCAACACUGACACUCAGUGAGAGAGAGAGAGAGGAGGGCGAGCAACACUGACACUCAGUGAGAGAGAGAGAGGAGAAGAAGAGUGUUGAAAGUGAAACAGCUGCAGGAUGACUGAAGCUCAGUUCAUCAACGUCUACGACAGCGACCUGCAGUUAAAUCUGAUGCCGUACGACUACAUCCCUCCUGUGGACAUAAAGACGGAACCUUACAUACCUGAGACAGCUCAUGGUCCGUACGUCCAGAUCAUCGAAGAACCAAAACAGAGGGGAUUUCGUUUCCGUUAUGAGUGUGAGGGUCCGUCUCAUGGUGGUUUGCCCGGUGCCUCCAGUGAGAAGAACAGGAGAACGUAUCCGACUGUGAAGAUCAACAACUACGUGGGUCACGCUCGGGUCGAGGUCCAGCUAGUGACACACACAGAUCCUCCACAAGUCCACGCCCACAGCCUGGUGGGACGCCACUGCACCGAGAAAGGCACCUGCACGCUGGACGUCGGCCCCAACGACCUCACCGCCUCGUUCAGUAACCUCGGGAUUCUUCACGUGACCAAGAAAGGUGUCGUCGAUAUUUUGUACAAAAGACUGAGAGACGAGAGGAAGCGACAGAAAGGAGCGCACUGCACACUGACAGACGAGGAGACCUCGUGUCUGAAGGAGGCAAAGGAACUGGGGAAAGUGAUGGACCUGAACAUCGUCAGGUUAAAGUUCACCGCAUUCCUUCAGGACAGUAACGGAGGAUUCACCAGAGCACUCAAACCUGUCGUCUCCAACCCCAUCUAUGACAGCAAGUCUCCGAAUGCAUCCAACCUGAAAAUCUCUCGGAUGGACAAGACGUGCGGCUCUGUGCUCGGAGGAGACGAGAUCUUCCUGCUCUGUGACAAAGUGCAGAAAGAUGACAUUGAGAUUCGCUUUUACGAGGAGGAUGACGAGGGCGGCUGGGAGGCGUUCGGAGACUUUUCACCCACCGACGUUCACAAACAGUACGCCAUCGUGUUUAAGACGCCGCCGUAUCACAGCACAGAGAUCGAGCGUCCCGUCACCGUCUUCCUGCAGCUGAAGAGGAAAAAGGCCGGCGACAGCAGUGACCCAAAACAGUUCACUUACAUCCCACAGGUCCAAGACAAAGAGGAAGUGAUGAGGAAGAAGCAGAAGCCACUGCCGCACUAUGAAACCUGGAGAGGAGGAGGAGGAGGAGGAGCCGGGGGGUUCGGGGGAGGAGGAGGUGGAGGAGGCGGGGCUGGAGGAGGAGGAGGAGGAUUUCAGUUCAACCAGCAGAUGAACGGAGGGGGAGGAGUCUACUUCACAGGAGGCUUCACAGGUUUCGGCGGAGGGGGAGGGCCUCAAAUGUCAGGCUCUGCCCCUCAGACGGGGUCACAGCUGCAGCAGCAGCUGUUUCAGAUCGCGACGACACUUCACAGUCGAGCAUCAUCGAGCGCACGAAACACCGCCGCCGCCCUGCUGGAGUACUGCAGCACUGGCGACGCCCGAGUCCUCCUCGCCAUCCAAAGACAUCUGUGCGGUGUCCAGGACACUAAUGGAGACACUCCUUUGCACCUCGCCGUCAUCCACCAGCAGACGAGCGUCGUGCAACAGCUGAUCCACACUCUGCUCAGCAGCGAGCAGCGCCGCAUCCUCAACACGGCUAACAACCUGCGACAGACUCCUCUCCACCUUGCCGUGAUCACACGGCAGGUGAAGGUGGUGGAGGAACUGCUGAGGGCGGGGGCGGACCCCAGCCUGACAGACCAACAUGGCCGCAGCCCACUCCAUCUGGCGGCGCUGGCCGGAGACAACGCCGCGGUCCGCCUUCUACUGGCUCACCUGGGGGAAAGCCACGCCCACUUGGUCAACACGCCCGACUACGACGGUCUCCACCCCCUGCACCUAGCGGUGAAGAGAGACGCAGAGCGCUGCCUCCGCCUACUGGUGGAGGGCGGAGCCAAGAUCAACGCACCUGAGCAGAAAAGCGGAAACACAGCGCUGCACCUGGCCGUCAGAGAAGAUCUGUUCAAGGUGGCGUGUACACUCAUCACCGAGCUCAAGGCCGACGUCAACGCCUGCACGUUUGGAGGAAACACGGCGCUGCACCUGGCCGCCGCUCUGGGUUCACCCACGCUCUGCUCAAUGCUCAUCGCCGCAGGAGCUGAUAAGAACGUGGAGAACGACGAGCCGCUCUUCAACGACUCAUCAGAGGAAGACGAGGUCAAUGAUGCCGCCGUCCCCAUCUCACAGCCAAUCAGCUCCCGCAAGCGAGCGGCAGGACACACCCCCCUGGACCUCGCAAAGUGCCAAAAGGUGAGGAACCUUUUAAACUGCAGGCAGAGUUGUCAUAGCAACAAGAGGAUCAAAGCGAGCAGCACUGAAGAGCGUGAGGCUGGGGACGUCCUGGACGAGGACACGCUGUCGCGGCUGGUGGACGUGCUGAGCGUCAGCGAUGUCCCCUGGAGGAAACUGGCGGAGAAGCUCGGGAUGAUGACGCUGACUCAUCUUUACCAGGACAGCGAAACGCCGUGUCAUCAUCUGCUGCAGCACUAUAAGCUAGGGGGCGGUCCGGUCGACGGUCUGGUUGACGCUCUUCAGUCGCUCGGUUUGUCGGACGGCGUUCGGCUGCUGAGACGUUCGGAGACAAGAGAAGACAAACACAGUACAGACGCAACGGUCGACAGUGGCUUCGGCAGUCAGCCCAUGGAGGAGGAGGAGCCACAAGUGGCCAAUCAGUGAUGAGCGAGAGCUUCGUCAGGUCUGUUUUUAACGACCUUAUUCACAGACUCUGAUGUCAUCGAUGACGUCAUCGUUGAUGUCAUCUAAGACAAAAGUUCCUUUGUAAAUGUUUUGUUUUUGUUUUCUGCUUUUUUUUCACUAAUAUAUUCAUAGUUUUAAUGUCUGACCUUUUUUGUUUUUUGAAUGUGUGUGCGUGCCUGUGCUUGUGUGUGUGCAUGUGUAUGCCUGGGCGUGCGUGAGUGUGUGUGUGUGUGUGUGUGCGCGUGUGUGUUACAUGGUGAAUGUGAAGAAUUAAUGUCAAACUGGAAUUUCCUGUUUUCUGUUGAGCGAUGUUCAUCAUUGAUGUAAAAUGUUUUAAAUGACAAAAAUAAAAAUAUAAAUAACUACAA